AUGACACAAAUUAAAAAGCAACCAAGUAAACGAGCUCAAAAAAAGAUCAAACAUUUACCACAUCAUGAACAAAGAAUCCAUCUCGAUAUUCGUAAAAAGCAUACUUUAUUACCACCUUUACCGUUUCCUCCGAUGAUUCAGAUAGAAGACUUGGUUGCGAAACUUACAUCAAAGACAUCUAAACCGAAGUUAGCAAGAUUCCCAAAUGCCUUUAUUAUAUAUAGAAGUGAAUAUGUUCAAUUCUUGAAAGAGAAGGGACUUAAUUUCCCAAUGACUAUGUUAUCCGCCAUGACUUCAUCAGCUUGGAAGCAAGAACCUUCAUGUGUGAAAGAUGUUUACACUCUAAUUUCUAAUGAAGCAGAAAAGUUGUACAAACAAUCCCUUGAGGUUGCUCGAAUGUUAAACCAAGGGAAUUUCUCGAACCAGUGCAAAUUCUAUAGUACACCUGCUACAUACUAUUCGGAACAAUCUUUCUACAACGAUCGCGAACUUUAUACCAAUGGGUAUUCUAUGGCAUUUCCUGAAUUUCCUAAAUACGACGCAAUUUAUUUAAAAUCGCAAGAGGAAGAAGGAUUCAUAAAGCAAGAGCAAUUCAGUAACGAUGGUUGCCUCUUUUUACCACAUAAUUUAUCGAUAAGCAAUAAUUUCGAAACUCUUGAUUCUUCACGGCUUGAGGGAGUAUCACAUGACAAAAUACCUACGCAAAGAAAAAUUACUUUACCAGAAAAUAAAAAUGACCUUUUUGAUAUCACUACGGACAUUUUUUGUGAAAUCGAUUCAGCUCUAAAAAUUUCUCUUAUCGUUUACCUUCUUACGCUUUCUCCUUAA